AUGUCGGUGAACGUUCGCCUGGUAAAACGAACAACCGAUGAACCGAAGAAGAAAGAGCCAGAAGUGAAAAUGACGGAGAAAUCGGUCCAACUCUUAGAGGGAAUAUCAAAAAUGGAUGCACCCGAGAAACUUUUUGCUCUUGAAGACAAAAUCUCGAUGGAACUCACACAUGAUAAGUUAUUCGAUGAGUUCAAUGAAGACUACACAUUCCUAAAGACGGCAUUAGAGGACUAUAUGGAUGGAAAACCAACAACCAUUGCGGCAAUCGCCAGGAUUGCUCGGUUGCGUCGAAACACCCGACUAUGCCAUUACGCGACCGCUCAAAUGAGAAAAGAAGUUGCAGAACGAAUGGAUCUCGUCGACGCGAAGCUUUUACAACUUCAAAAUGUCACUAGCGAAGUUCAACACAUUCAAAAAGAGAUAGAUCGUUGUCUAGACUUCAGCGCCGGUGACGAGGAACUUGAGCUGAUUCCAGUUGAAGAAUUCUACGCAGAGGCCCCUGAAACUAUUUCCAAAGCUGAAGAAACGAUGGGCAAUGAGCAUGAGCAGUAUUUAGCAAGAUUGAAGUAUGAGGAUAAUCAAAGAAGAGAUUUAUUGUCUACUCUCAAUGAAUUAGAAGGGCGUCGUAACGUUCUGCAAAGUGAUAUUCGAGGAAAAGAAGUUCGUAUUCAAGGACUGAAACCAAAACUUGACGAUCUUGCCAAAAUGGUCGAACCAGUGUUCGACACAGUUGGGGCAAAGUUCAAAGACCUUACCAUAGACGCGGAGCAGCGGAAGAUGUCGUUAAGUCUUCCAGCUCCACUUGCAGUUGCUCAUAUCCAUGCGACAGCUUACAAAGAGAUUCACGAUGAUAAGAUGUUUGAAUUCAGUAUCACUGGUAACAAUGAGACAACGAAGCCAACGAAAGAAGAUGGAGAAACGAAAAGAAGACGAAAAGAGGACGAAACAAUACAAGAGAAAAUCAAUGAAAUGGCUUCGAAGAUUCUGGAUGUGCAUCCGAUGAGUCUCAACCUGGAUAUUGAGUGUUCCAAUGAUUUGAAGAUCACGAUGUCGAUUCAAUACCUGACUGAAUUGAAGCUUACAACAGCUAAAUGGAGCAUUCAUCAAGAUUCCAAGGCAAAGAAGUCGAUCUUAUUCAACGCUGAUUCUUUGAUGUCUGAUUUAUUCGAAGACGAUUCCGGAGAUAAAUGUCCCAGUAAAGUUGGUGACUUGAAAAGCGAGCAUCUCAAACUAAAUUUCAACUCAAAUGCGAAAACGAUUGGAAAACCAUACAAGUUUAUUCAGGAGUUGAGUGGCACUGGAGAAGCGGAAGGAGUCUCUGUAACGGAGCAUCUCCGGAAGAUUAUCAAAUCGAUCAGACAGAGGGUCUCUGAUCGCUGUGUGUUAGAUGGAAUUAUUCGUAAUUUGGAAGCAAAGAACACAGAAGAAUUGGAUUGUGGAGAAGAUGUCAAAAUCAGUUCAUUUAAAAAUUGUGAGGACGAGGCUUUUAUUGCUUUGAUACCGGCGUCUCUGUCAGAAGAAAUCGCGAAAUCUUCUGCAUCAGAUCGUUUCUCAUACAAAAUUGAAAUUGUGGAUAGUGAAAACAAACACCUCACCGCAUUCUUAUCAAUCCCUUGCGACUAUCCGAGGAAUCCUGUUUUGUUUGCGAUCAGUGCUCCAGACGCUAAUCCAGAAACCGUAAAGGAAAUCGAGGAUCGUCUAAACAACGAAUCAUUCUAUGUGGACAAUGCUAACAGUCUCAAAGAACAAUUGAAUAUUCUUUUGAAGCAUGUCAAUCUUUCCUAA